UAAGUUUUCAACAUCGCCUUUAGACCAUCAAUCACAUAUCACAUGGCGUGUUUAUCAUCGGUCAGAGACAUUUCGACAAGCCACCACGCUGACAGUAUCUUGUGAUCUCGCAGGUGGCAACCCUUGUACCGAGGCCUUCAAAGCUUCGCGUUAAACCUGAACGUACUCAAUUUCACGCCCUUCUUAAUCGAAUGGGCCAUGAGCAGUCCACGACCUCCUCUCGAUACGGAAUAUUGAUGUGGGACGGAGGAUACCGGGUCUUAAUCCAUAAAUUGUAAUGGCAGGAGGGAGACUCGAGCUGAGCUCGAAUUCUGGCAACGAUGGAAUCGAUGCGGAUGCAACAAUCGUUCUCUUGAACGCCGUGCACUUCAAUUACGCCUGGGUCUUAUUUGUGGUAUUCUUAGUAGCAUUCGUUGCGAACGGUGUACUCUCAGCAGAACCCUCGUCGAAUUCGAAGGAGCCCGUUCUCACUGGUCCCGGGGGAAAACCCCUACCACAAUCCUCGGCUCGAAAGAGCAAGGAGGAACGCGAGAAGAGGAAGAAGCUGAAAGACUUCAGUCCUGGCCGAAAGCUGCUCUUUCUGUAUCUCUCGGCAGGGCUUCUCGCAACAUUCGUUGGCAAUGGGGCCAAUAUCAUCAUUCACGCUCUGACCCAGACGGACAAUGACUGGUGGUGUGGUGAAGCCACUGCUUUAUAUGUUUGUGCUUCAGCUUUCUUCUAUAGCAUCUUCCUCAUCUCACUGGUUGAUACCACCCCAUCACCAAACAUCGCCCACCAAAUCACAUGGUGCAUUGCUUCAAUCGCUGAGCUUAUACUUCUGGGAGGCACGAUUUCCUUAUAUACCAAUUCUCACCAAGAAACCAAUUCAUUGAGAAGCAACGAAGUUAUUUACAGAACACCAGACAGUUGGGAGAUUGCUGAAAUCACAAUCGACAUAUGUCGCGUGAUCAUCAUCCUUCUCUUAGCAGCUUUCUAUGUCAUAUUUUCACUGGAACGUCGUUAUAAAAGCAGAUACCACCGAGAGAUCAACGAAAACGCACCACUCCUCAUCAAUGGCCGGGCCAACGGACACGCACAUGUCAACGGGAAUGGGACUAUUCGGACACCUGGGGAAUAUGAAGCUGUCAAUGGUGCUGCUCACAACGGCAGCUCCAUUGGAGGAACUGGCACUGCGACUCCAAAUGGAGAGACUACACGUCGAAGCCUGGACGAAAAUCCUGCUUUCUACAAGCCUACCACUGCUCCAAACAGAACUUGGUGGGAAUAUCUGAAAGGAUAUUCUCUGUUCUUUCCAUACCUAUGGCCUAGCAAGUCAGUUAGGCUACAAAUCAUUGUCGUAAUUUGUUUUGGACUGGUGGUCCUUCAACGCAUUGUCAACAUCGCCGUGCCUCUCCAGGUUGGUCGAGUCACAGAUGAGCUCACAGACAAUCGUGGAAUGCCUUGGCUCUCGAUAUCAUUGCUCAUUGCCUGCAAAUUCCUUCAAGGCACGUCUGGUAUUCUUGGAGCCAUCAGAUCUGUACUCUGGAUCCCAAUCUCACAAUACUCAUAUCAAGCUUUGACCACGGCCUCAUUUGAACAUGUGCAUGGCUUAAGUUUGGACUUUCACCUUGGCAAACGAACUGGAGAGGUCCUCUCUGCUCUUAGUAAGGGCAAUGCGAUCAACAAUUUCCUGGAGCAGAUCACCUUCCAAGUACUCCCAAUGAUAUUUGAUCUUGGCGUCGCGAUCAUCUACUUCGGGGUUAAAUUCGAUGCUUACUAUGCACUCGUGGUUGCCAUUAUCACUUUCUCUUAUCUAUAUCUGACCAUUCGAAUGGCUCGAUGGCGUUCAGAACAACGUCGGCAGAUGACAAAUCUCAGUCGAGAGGAGGAUGCAGUCAAGAACGACUCUCUGACCUCGUAUGAGACUGUCAAAUACUUCAAUGCCGAGGAUUACGAAUUCGAAAGAUAUCGUAAAGCAGUCAUUGCUUUUCAAAAGAUGGAGUAUAAAGUCACGAUUUCCUUGAACAUCCUAAAUAUCUCCCAAAACAUGGUCUUCAUGACCGGCCUUUUGGCAACUUCACUUCUCUCAGCUUAUCAGGUCACCACGGGCGUAAGAACGGUUGGAGACUUUUCCGUUCUCUUGACCUACAUGGCACAAUUGCAGCAACCUCUCAACUUCUUUGGAUCGUUUUACCGAAGUGUGCAGAGUGCUAUGAUCAGUGGAGAACGCCUCCUGGAGCUAUUUAAGGAACAACCAACGGUGAUCGAUGAGCCCUGUGCUCGUGAAAUGCCAGCGUGCGAAGGUCAGAUUCGGUUCCAGAAUGUCAAAUUCUCCUAUGACACCCGCAAGCCAGCACUCGAAGGGCUAAGUUUCAAUUGCCGUCCAGGUACCACAACUGCGUUUGUGGGCGAGUCAGGAGGAGGAAAGUCUACAGUGUUCAGAUUGCUCUUCAGAUUCUACAAUACACAGGACGGAAGCAUCCAAAUCGAUGGAAAUGAUGUGCGGGAUAUCACAAUUGACUCUCUUCGGCGCCACAUCGGGGUGGUCCCUCAAGACACAGUUCUUUUCAACGAGACUCUCAUGUAUAACCUCAAAUAUGCAAAUCAAGACGCCACUGAUGAGGAUGUGUACGCUGCCUGCAGAGCUGCUUCUAUUCACGACAAGAUUAUGGCAUUUCCUGACCAGUAUAACACAAAAGUGGGUGAACGCGGUCUUCGCCUCAGUGGUGGUGAGAAGCAACGAGUUGCCAUUGCACGGACUAUCAUCAAGAAUCCUCGCGUUAUCAUGCUGGACGAAGCGACGGCUGCUCUUGACUCAGAUACUGAACAAAACAUACAAGAGGCACUGCGAACACUCUCAGAGGGCAGGACUAUGCUGGUGAUCGCUCAUCGGUUGUCAACUAUUACAAGUGCAGAUCAGAUACUUGUUCUUCACGCUGGUAAAGUAGCUGAAGCAGGAACUCACCAAGACCUUCUUAUGAUGAAAGGCCGCUACUACAACAUGUGGAGAAAACAGAUUAGGGCCGAGCGUGCAGCAGAACAAGCCUUCCAGGCCGUCGCGAAAGCCAAGGCUCUCCAAGAAGCUGCUAUGGCUCGACCUGGCAGCUCUGGUAAUGAAGGCAGUCCCAGUGAGGAUGUUAGCGAAAACGAGGCAGACAAUCGUAGCAGCUCGACGUUGGUUACUCCUAGUCUUGCUUCAAAAGCUCUCGUACACGCGGCUGAAAGUUUUAGGGAUAGGGACGCAGGCUCUUCUUCAGAUGGGUCUAAUUUCGGGGAUGACAAGCACGAGGAUGCUAAGUCUACGCUUGAUACCUCGGACGAAACCAGACCAUCUGAUGGCAAUGUAGGACAGGAGGAAAGCGACCAAGCUCGGAGUAAAUCCACCGACCAACCCAAACAUCCUUGACACGAUCCGGAGUCUUUCGUCUGAGCACGGAUGACUCCAAACCCUUGUAAAUGACAACUUUUUUUUU